ACCCAAACACGGCUUAAGCAUACGCUAACGUGAAAACCAGAAUAAUACCUCUCUCUCUCUCUCUUUCUCUCCCUCUUUCUCUCUUCGUGUCUUGUCUUAAUCCUAUUUCGCGAAUCUUUGUCUAUCUCAAAUCGGACCCAGUUGACUCAGUUAAAACGCUUCAAAUUUAACGAAAUGAGUCAAGAAUCGUUCAUUUACAGCUUUGUAGCAAGGGGCACAAUGAUUUUGGCAGAGUACACAGAGUUUACAGGCAACUUUCCAGCGAUCGCAGCUCAGUGCCUUCAGAGAUUGCCUUCUUCUAACGACAAGUUCACUUACAACUGUGACCAUCACACUUUCAAUUUUCUAGUCGAAGAUGGUUACGCUUACUGCGUCGUUGCAAAAGAAUCUGUUAGCAAGCAGAUCUCUAUUGCAUUUUUGGAACGCAUGAAGGCAGACUUCAAGAAAAGAUAUGGGGGUGGUAAAGCAGACACAGCUGUUGCCAAGAGUCUCAACAAGGAGUUCGGGCCAGUUAUGAAAGAGCACAUGAAAUAUAUUAUUGACCAUGCUGAAGAAAUCGAGAAGCUAUUAAAAGUGAAGGCUCAAGUUUCAGAAGUUAAAAGUAUAAUGUUAGGGAAUAUUGACAAGGUUAUUGAUAGGGGUGAGGCCAUAACGAAUCUUGCUGACAAGACUGAGAAUUUACGUGAUCAGGCACAAGCAUACAAGAAACAGGGGACACAAAUACGGCGGAAAAUGUGGUAUCAAAACAUGAAGAUCAAGUUGGUUGUACUUGGAAUCUUGUUGCUUCUGGUCCUCAUUAUCUGGCUUUCCAUUUGCCAUGGGUUUGAUUGUACCAACUAGUGAAUCUUCAGCAUAUACACCAGGUGAAUUCAUAUACAAAGAAAGAUUUUCAAACGUUUGUGUUCAGUAGGGGAGUUUCGGUUUUGGUGGAGUUUUUUCCUACCUUCUUCAGGAGUUGGGAUUGGGAAACCUGAGAACUGGCAUCUGAAAGGUCAGAGAGAGAGAGAGAGAGAGAGAGAGAGAGAGAGAGAGAGAGGGAGGGAGAGAGAGAGGUCUGUAUCAUUUCAUUUACCAAUCUGUAUCAAAUAUUACACAACAUUAUUUUUAAUCUUUUUCCUUAAAAAAAAAGUUCAUAUAGAUAUAAAAGUUGACAAAUAGCAUUUAUGUGAA